CUUGGCUUUCCUUCCUUCGUAUUUUCCAGCGUUAAACCAUGGGGGAGGGAGUCUGGAGUGCUGGCUCACAACUACGGCGGACUACAGGCUCUACUUUUCGGCUCUAAGCGGCAGAGUCCGGCGGGUGGCGAAGCCUCCGACCGGGAACCCCCCGGAAAAGCUGGGAUUUAUGGCUGCUGCUAACGGGGAGGCUCCCCGGGGACGGCCGUGAAGAUGAGGAUUCCUCCGGUGUGGGCACUGGGCGCUUGCCAGACCGGGUGAAGAGAUCGCGCUGAGGACACAACACCGCUGCUGAGGGGGGUGGGGCCUCUGUGCAGGUUCACACGGCCUUCAGCAGGGUGGAGCUUCCUGACCCAUGGAGAAUUACUUCCAGGCCGAGGCCUUUAACCUGGACAAGGUGCUGGACGAGUUUGAGCAGAACGAAGAUGAAACAGACACUUUCUCAGAUGCCAAGUGGACUCAGAUCCUGGCCCCGCCGGCCCACAUGCUGUCUUUGAACCCGGCCUUGACCCACACCGACCUCAGCCCCCGUGAGAGCUCCCAUCUCUUCAAGGGCCUCCCCGACUCCUCCUCCAGCGCCUCUCCAGGCACCGACCCCAAACCUCCGUCCUGGGCAGAGGAGAGGCCGGCAGAUGUCCACAGCCCGCCCCUCCCUCAGCCCAACAUCGGCAAGCUGGUGGGCGCCGACGACCACUCGCCGCCCCCAGUGACAGCUUGUUGCACAGUGGAGAACGGCUGCUCGGGUAGCCCCCAGCUGGACGAGCGCACCUCUGCCUCUGACCCAGAACUCAGAGACACAGCCGCCUCAGUGGGAGCAGCCGGCUCCUCCCACUUCACCUUUGAGGUGGGAUCAGGUCAAGAACGUUCCUCCGCUGUGAGUCUUCAUCCAGAUGCCGGAACACAGAACGGGGAGCAUGUUGAAGGUCCAGACCUUCAUCCAGAAACAGUUCUGUCAGCAGAGGAGGCGGCAGAACGCUUGAAUGGAAGUGAAGCUCCUCAGUCUGUGUGUGAGCAGGAGGAGAAUGGUGUCUCUCCUCCUGAUGAGGUGGGAGAGGAGAAGAAAGAAAGGAAACAUACUCCAGAAGGACCGCUCUUCAGAAUAACCGACCUUCAGAAUGGACUAGAACAAAAGAUGGACAGCUGCUCCACGUUCCAUAAAACAGACGACGGGGAUGAGGAGGAGGAGUUCUCUCCUUCUCCUGUCUCCUCUAAGGAGGACUCUGUUACCGAGGAGAAAGAAAUGGAGGAGAGCAAGCAGGAGGCGGGUGAUGCCGGCGCCGUGGGGCCGGGCAUCCUCCACACCAAACUCGGCAACAACCGCCUUCAACCAGUCAGUGUUCCCUACGGAGGAGCGCGGCCGAAGCAGCCGGUCAGCCUCAAGCUCCAAAUCCCACAGCCGCUGCCGGGCCAGAACCAGCCGGGCCAGCCCGCAGCCGGCAAGAACAAGAACCUGGACAGCCAGGGUCGCAGAGGCGCUCCAUCAGAUCCAUCGCCCGCCACGGCUGACCAGAGCUCGAUCAGCGUAAACGGAGAGGGCGAAGCCUCCUCUCUGUCAGCCAGACCUCCAGAGAGCCCCGACAACGACCUGCAGGCCGGCCAGCAGGGCGGCCUGAGCAGGAAGGCUGCCAGCGCCCUGGGAGAUGUCGCCCCUGUGUGGGUGCCUGACUCCCAGGCUCCUGUCUGCAUGAAGUGUGACGUCAAGUUCACCUUCACCAAGAGGAGGCACCACUGCAGGGCCUGCGGCAAGGUGUUCUGUGCAGCCUGCUGCAGUCUGAAGUGUAAGCUGGCAUACAUGGACCGGAAGGAGGCUCGGGUUUGUGUCACCUGUCAUUCCACACUGACGAGCGUUCAGUCAUGGGAGACCCCGACUCCAGCCAGCAACCAGAGCCCGAACCCCAACAACCCGGCAGAGUACUGCUCCACCAUCCCCCCCCUGCAGCAGGCCCAGGCCUCGGGGGUGCUCAGCUCCCCCCCUCCCACCGUCAUGGUGCCCGUGGGAGUCCUAAAACAGCCCAGCAACGAGGGGUCGGGAUCACGAGACCAGAGAAGGGUGUGGUUCGCUGAUGGGGUCCUGCCCAAUGGGGACGCCACAGACUCCUCCAAACCUCCAUCCUCAAGCUCCGCCCCCUCCCAGCCACGCAUCAGCUCCGCCUUCUCCAAUAAGUCCUCCAUGUCCGAGUCGUCAGAGGCAGCUCAGACCCCCGUGGCCCCGGUGGGCAGCCCCGUGGGCAGCUCUGUCAGCCUGAUCCCGGAGGACGGGCUCCCUCCCAUCCUCAUCUCCACUGGAGUCAAAGGAGGUACGGGAGGCCACAUCACAGAUUACGCGGUGGAGGAGAGGCCGUCGGAGAUCGUCCUCAUGCAGCAGUUGGAGGAGGGCGGUCCUGACCCGCUGGUCUUCGUGCUGAACGCCAACCUCCUCGCCAUGGUCAAGCUCGUCAACUACGUCAACAGGAAGUGCUGGUACAUGACCACGAAGGGCAUGCACGCCGUCGGCCAGGCGGAGAUCGUCGUUCUGAUCCAGUGUCUGCCUGAUGAGAAGACCAUCCCCAAAGACAUCUUCACCCACUUCGUGCAGCUCUACCAGGAGGCCCUCAGCGGGAACAUGCUGAGCCACCUGAGCCACUCCUUCUUCACGCAGAGCUUCUUGGGCAGCAAAGAGCACAGCGGCUUCCUCUACAUCAGCCCCUCCUUCCAGUCGCUUCAGGACCUGCUGCUGCCCAACCCGCCCUUCCUCUUCGGCAUCCUCAUCCAGAAGUGGGAGACGCCGUGGGCCAAGGUCUUCCCCAUCCGCCUCAUGCUGCGGCUCGGAGCAGAGUACAGAUUUUAUCCGUGUCCGCUGUUCAGCGUUCGCUUCAGGAAGCCGCUGUUUGGGGAGACGGGCCACACCAUCAUGAACCUUCUGGCAGACUUUCGAAAUUACCAGUACACCCUCCCGAUCGUGAAGGGUCUGGUGGUGGACAUGGAAGUGAGGAAGACCACCAUCAAGAUCCCCAGCAACCGCUACAACGAACUGAUGAAGGCCAUGAACAAGUCCAACGAGCACGUGCUGGCCAUGGGAGCCUGCUUCAACGACCGGGCCGACUCCCAUUUGGUGUGCGUCCAAAACGACGACGGGAACUACCAGACGCAGGCCAUCAGCAUCCAUCACCAGCCGCGGAAAGUGACCGGAGCGUGCUUCUUUGUCUUCAGCGGCGCCCUGAAAGCGUCGUCCGGCUUCCUGGCAAAGACCAGUAUAGUGGAAGAUGGAGUGAUGAUCCAGAUCACGGCAGAGACCAUGGACUCUCUACGGCAAGCUCUGAGGGACAUGAAGGACUUCACCAUAACCUGUGGGAAGGCCGACCAGGAGGAGAACCAGGAGCUCGUCCACAUCCUUUGGACCGAGGACGACCAGAAUUUCAACAAAGGAGUCAUCAGUCCGAUUGACGGCAAGUCCAUGGAGUCCAUCUCCAGCGUGAAAAUCUUCCACGGCUCGGAGUUCAAAGCGAACGGCAAAGUCAUCCGCUGGACGGAGGUGUUCUUCCUCCAGAGCGAGGACCAGUCCAGCGGCCUGAGCGACCCGGCUGACCACAGCCGGCUGACGGAGAACGUGGCCAGAGCCUUCUGCAUGGCUCUGUGUCCACACCUCAAGCUGCUGAAGGAGGACGGCAUGGCCAAGCUGGGGCUGCGGGUCACCCUGGACUCGGACCAGGUUGGUUACCUGGCAGGAAGUAACGGUCAGCCUCUGCUGCCUCAGUACCUGAGCGACCUGGACAGCGCCCUGAUCCCCGUCAUCCACGGAGGGGCGUGUCAGCUCAGCGAGGGCCCCGUGGUCAUGGAGCUGGUCUUCUACAUCCUGGAGAUUAUCUCCUAGGAGGCGGAGUCACGCCGAUCCCUCCAAACCUGCCUGAACCUUCAUCUCCCAGCCUGGUUCUUUCAACCACUUCACCUCAAAAGAGCCAGAAAGCUGUGCCGGGCCGGGCCGGGCCGUGCCGGGCGGGGUAGCAUUCCUCCACUCAAACCUAUGCAUCCGCCCCCAUCUGUUCUGACCCAGAGGCUUUCAGGGGUCCGAGCCGGGUUCUCCUCAGUCAGGGGGUGUGGCUUCCAACGGUCUGUCCUCAUACCCACGAGAUCACAUGUCCCAGAGGUCAGGAUUUAGGAAUGAGCGUGAGAGGAAACAUGGCAGGUUUCUGAGGCCGAGCCUCGGGUCGGUUCUGUCAGGAUGAGUCCAAGCGUUUCGGCUGGACAGUCUAGGAAACAAUUGGGUUUAUCAGACCCGCCGUUCACCUUCAGCUGUGAAGAAAUGCUUCUCCAUCUUCGUCCUGUAAGAUCCUCCUCUGGACUUCCCUGUUAGCAUUUCAAUCCUCCAGCGACAUGUCGUCCCUGCUUGAGGUGUGGGUGUUUGAACAGACCUGCCAGCUCCCUGACCGGACUUCCUCUUCAUAUCAUGGCAGCUGGAGCCUCUAACGAGGGGAAUUCUGGGUAAAAACCUGCCUUUGUGUAGCACGGAUACAGUUUAAAGGGAGAUGCGUACCCACCGCCGGUCAGUAAACACGACGGAGGGAGGAGGGAGGAGGGGGUCUUUAGUGCCUGCAGCAGAGAGGAGGACGACUUCUUCAGCUUUACUCAUCAACCACAGACUGAUGUUCCCACAGGCGGCGUCCGCUGUAGCCUCCAGGGCGUUCUGAGGGGACCGUCCUGUGGAGGAAUCCCACCUUUCUGCCAAACGCAGAAACAUCAGAAAAGGUUCCAACGCUUUACAAUCUCAAAGGGAAGCGUCUCUUCAGCAGCAUCAUGGCUCAUUCUGCUCUUUUUAAUCAUAUAUCAGAUGUAAAGCUAUAGAAAUGUAUAAAUAUAUGUAUAAAUAAAUGUAUUAUAACUGAAAUUGCAAAGCGGUGCACUGGAUUCUAAGCCAUUUUGAGGAUUUGAAGCGACCCGUCAGCUGCGGGAUGGAGAGGAAAGCUGAAUGUAUCUGAUCCGAGGUUUCCUGCGUCCUUCCAGACCGCUGAGAGCAGAACUCUGCAGAACUCUACUGUGGGUUUUGGCAGCAGCUGCUCAUCUUCAGCCAGAAAAAAAAA